AUGUCUCAAAUUCAUUCAGGAAGCCAAACAUGUGCCUCAGUCCUACAUGUCCAUGUUCUACAUGUCCAACAUGUCCAACAUGUCCAACAAGUUCUACAUGUCCAACAUGUGCCUCUGUUCUACAUGUCCAACAUGUUCUACAUGUCCAACAAGUUCUACAUGUCCAACAUAUCCAACAUGUCCAACAUGUUCAACAUGUCCAACAUGUUCUACAUGUCCAACAUAUCCAACAUGUUCUACAUGUCCAACAUAUCCAACAUGUUCAACAUGUCCAACAUGUCCAACAUAUCGAACAUGUUCUACAUGUCCAACAUAUCCAACAUGUUCAACAUGUCCAACAUGUCCAACAUAUCCAACAUGUUCUACAUGUCCAACAUAUCCAACAUGUCCAACAUGUCCAACAUGUUCAACAUGUCCAACAUGUUCUACAUGUCCAACAUAUCCAACAUGUCCAACAUGUCCAACAUGUCCAACAUGCCCAACAUAUCGAACAUGUUCUACAUGUCCAACAUGUCCAACAUGUUCUACAUGUCCAAUAUGUCCAACAUAUCCAACAUGUCCAACAUGUUCUACAUGUCCAACAUGUUCUACAUGUCCAACAUGUUCUACAUGUCCAACAUGUCCAACAUGUUCUACAUGUCCAACUUGUCCAACAUAUCCAACAUGUCCAAUAUGUCCAACAUGUUCUACAUGUCCAACAUAUCCAACAUGUCCAACAUGUCCAACAUGUCCAACAUGUUCUACAUGUCCAACAUGUCCAACAUGUCCAACAUGUCCAACAUGUUCUACAUGUCCAACAUGUUCUACAUGUCCAACAUGUCCAACAUGUUCUACAUGUCCAACUUGUCCAACAUAUCCAACAUGUCCAAUAUGUCCAACAUGUUCUACAUGUCCAACAUAUCCAACAUGUCCAACAUGUCCAACAUGUCCAACAUGUCCAACAUAUCGAACAUGUUCUACAUGUCCAACAUAUCCAACAUGUUCUACAUGUCCAACAUAUCCAACAUGUUCUACAUGUCCAACAUAUCCAACAUGUCCAACAUGUCCAACAUGUCCAACAUAUCCAACAUGUUCUACAUGUCCAACAUGUUCUACAUGUCCAACAUGUUCUACAUAUCCAACAUGUCCAACAUGUUCUACAUAUCCAACAUGUCCAAAAUGUUCUACUUGUCCAAAAUGUCCAACAUGUUCUACAUGUCCAACAUGUUCUACAUGUCCAACAUGUCCAACAUGUUCUACAUGUCCAACAUGUCCAACAUGUUCUACAUGUCCAACAUGUCCAACAUGUUCUACAUGUUCUACAUGUUCUACAUGUCCAACAUGUUCUACAUGUCCACCAUGUUCUACAUGUCCAACAUGUUUUACAUGUCCAACAUGUUCUACAUGUCCAACAUGUUUUACAUGUCCAACAUGUUCUACAUGUCCAACAUGUCCAACAUGUUCUACAUGUCCAACAUGUUCUAA